CAAGCCAACCAACCGAUACAAACUUUGGGUUCUCAUCCGAUCUGGCCUCAACCAGAGUUCGAAAGUAAUCGAAAGCAGAUUUAACUAAUACACCAAGUUCAAUGUAUCCUUUCCUGCCAACAGAGAUUUAUUUUGGCACCUCAACAAGGCUACUAUCUAUAUGAUAUUCACCAUACAAGUGGUGUGGAAGUGUAGUAUCUAUCAAAAUAUAUUACGAGAAAUUUCGUUCAUUUGGUUUUAUAGUCCAUAAUGUUGAUUUUAUAUUAAAUAUACAUUUUGUUGGUACAUCGAUUAGCUUCUUCCAUUAACCUGGCAAAACGAAAAGCUGUAAUCGUCUCUGGUUUUAUUCGUGAUCGACGUCUUCUGAAAAUCGGAUGCAUAGCAGAACGUAAGGAUGACAAAGCAUAAUAAAGUCAGCGCUUGUAUUGUAUCAUGUUUAAUUUGGGCAUCUGUUUUAUUUCAGGUAUUCAUAGUGACUUCUGCAGGGGGUCCCUACCCGUCGGAUCGGGAGCUCUGCCAGCAAAGCGAGGUGGAUGCAUGCAGGAGACUCGGCUUCCGCAACAUCUCCUUGAGUGACAUAUUCGGUUUGUUUGUCCCUCAGAGCGGGAUCGCGGAUGCAGUAGAUCACCUGAUGCCUCUAGUUGAUACCGGGUGCUCCCGGGACCUUCUUGCUCUGAUCUGCGGUGCCUACCACCCACCGUGUGACCAUGAGAAUGGGGAGAGGAUGCCGCCGUGCAGGGACACCUGCAGGAAGAUCAUCAACCAGAAGUGCAAGGGACAGAUGAAGCGUUUGGGAUUCAGGUCAGAGGAAGUCUUGCAAUGCAGAAACUACCCUUCCAAAAGACAGGAGAGGCGAUGUCUGAACGAUCUCAGCAAUUACCGAGAGCAAGAAAGUACCACCACCACCAUGACCACCACCAGUCCUACAACACCCACCACUACUAUUAGCAUGAAAAAUGUUACAUCUAAUAUUACGAUGCCAAACAAUACCUCCCAUAUCACCAAUACUACCACCCCAGCCACUAACACAACCACCAUUGCCGUCAGACCCACGUCGGAUGAGUCCCGUGUUCCUUCUGUUAUUUUCACCCUGGAGCGAUCUGCAUCGAACGACGGCUGGGUGCUGAUCAGGGAACCUAAACCAAGCCUGAUUCCCGAAGUCGACGGCUUCGAGGUCGUGUACUACAACGACCACGGUGAUGACGGCGGUGUGAGGACGGUUUAUGGUCAAGACCAGAUACAACUUCAUUUGAACUCUGAUGAUGCGUACACUGUCUUGAUCCGAGCCUUCAAUGAAACUGACACAGGUGCUUAUCAGGAUGCCCGCAUGGAACCCUACAUUCACCCUCACUGUGAAGAGAUUACAUUUUCAACAUUUCGUAGCCUGUGCAGUAACGUGCAUUACCGCCACGUUCAGUAUUCGACCGGAACGGCCUUCCCCUCCCAGGCCGCUGCUGCUGGCCUCAUUGCACCGGUUGAGAAGAUACUGAGAACCAUGGAUACCAAGUGCGCUGAUUUUAUGAGACAAUUCUUGUGCACGGUUUAUGCACCGCCCUGUGUAAAGAUGGGACCGCAUGGACCAGGAUAUUUGCUACCUUGCCGUGAACUCUGUCAACGUGUCGUAGAUUCGUGCAGCGCCGACCCGACAGCGGACGUUUUCAGUGAAAUGGGAUACCUCAACUGCAGCAAUUUCCCGUCAAUAUUCGACGACAAUGCAACUUGUUAUAGUAAUGAAGUUGAGAUCUCACUGUGGCCUGUUGUUGCCGGAAAAGGUCACGUGAUCAGAGACGAGGGUUCAAAUAUCACCGCUUUCUGCUCCGCCAGCUGUGAGAACUGCUCUCGACCGCAGUGGCACGAUCCUAACGGCAGAGAAAUCACUGAAGACGGAAUAGAAAAUACCAUCAAGGAUGUAUACACCACCAAUGUUGGCACCUUUACAUCUAUGUUGACGAUAACAUCAUUGAAUUCAUCAUGGGUUGGCGAGUAUAUCUGUUGGUUCAAAAAUCAAGAGAAAACGAUUUCCGUCCAACUAGUUGGGAUGCCAACGUCAUCACCAUCUGAAAGCAAUGGCACGUUAAAUCAGUCAACGACUCCAAAUUUAACGGUAGCGACCAACGAGACAAUGGUGUACAAUGCCACAAUGAUGUACAACGUCACUACGACUCCAACACAAAACGUCACAAUGGUUUAUAACGUAACAUCCCAACCUACACCGUACUUCAUGAAUGACACGUCACACAACGUCACAAUGAUGAUAAAUUACACCACGGCAUCAGAAACUAAUAUUACCAUACCGGCCAAGCCGCAGAAUGCAUCUAUGUCAAAUGCCACAACACCAACAGUAAACGGUACUACGCCCUCAAUCUGUCCACAAUGGAGAGGUAACAAUACAGUUUUAGAGCGGUCCUACGUCAUCGAAGAUCGGGGAAUGACGUCGUUCUUCAGGGGUUGGGUUGACGUACAGGGACAAGGAGCGGCCAACGACUUCUGCAGAAUAGUAAGAACUGAUGGGAAACCAUUCAUGUCCUGCUUACUGGCUGGUUCGAUGGAAGAUGACCUAUUAGCAUACACAUCUCCCAACCCCUCCGAAGAAUGGUUUGACCCAGGCUAUUCCAAUACUUGGUAUAUGAAAGACGAAGACGAAGAUGGACGAGAUGACUAUUGCAGAUGCGUCGGAAGUGUGCCGGAUACAACGGUUGUAUGUAUGAAAGCUGGACCUGCUGGAUUCGAGGGUCAGGAAAGGGAUUUUACACCGGAAAGCUCACCGAUGGAUUGCUUCUACCUCACCGCUGAUCCUUUCUUUGGAUUUCCGUAGUUGUGGUCAGCAAUAAACUCCAGGGGAGUGUUUCACGAAACAUAUUGUCAGUGAUUUCCACUGACUGAUUUGGCUUGAACCAAUCAGAAGCAAGGAUUUAUGCAGCGUAUAACAGUUGCCAAGGAUAAUCACUAUUUCGUUUCAUAAAACGGGUCCAAGAAGGUUUGGACGGGAACAUAUUUUCUCCAUUUAAAAAGUGGAAUCCAUUUCAAAAGGACUGGGAUAGCAGUUGGCCUAAUCUAUCCACGUCAUAGAAGAACACUCCAAUUAGAUUACACCAUGGUGCUCAGAAACGUGCUCUGAACUUCUGAAUAUUUAGACAUCCAUCUCGGAUGUAUUCAUUCAUCCUUUGGCAGUUGUUUGAAAUUAGAAAUGCGAUGAAUCGAAAAAAAAACAAUAGAAUAUUUCAGUAUCUUGAUUCAGAGAUGUCCUUCGAAGUUCAUUCGAAGAAGGCACCACGGUCAUCAAAUUAAGCGUAAUCUGUCCUUGAACAUUUAUUAAAUAGGAUACUUACAGAUCAUUUUUUUUUCAGAUAAAAUAGUGAAUUUCAUUAGAUAACCAUAAAAAAAAAAUUAACAGAGGGAAAAUGUGACUGCGCCAAGUAGCCAGAAGAAAGGGUACAUUCAUAAUUUUCUUCUGAUUUCAUACUAUCUAGGUUAAGAAUCAAAAGACUUUUAAUCCAUCAUUCACUGUUAAGCAUGUUAACAUGGUAAAUUAAUUUAAUUCCCAAACAUAUGUUAUUAUGUUUUUUUUUAUUUGAUGAUUGUAGUAUGCCGAUUAUACAUGUACCUAUUUCUUUGCUAUUUAUUCAAAGUAUGUGGGUAUAUGCAUACAUGUGCAACGGGUUCCAUGACAUUUGCUCAGGCGACAAUUGCUACGCUGUAAAUUCCACACACCAACGUCAACCCUGGAUUUAACGCUAUACCCUGUCCUAAACCUAACGUAAACCCUAUUGCAACCCUAACCCUAUAUCCUAGACGAAAUAAAGCUGAAGCAAUUGUCUCUGGUGUUUCGGUAUCAACGACGCCUUUCACCUUUCAACGAAUUGGAUAUAGAUUGCCAAAUGACUGGCUUGAAACGAUCUGAAAUAUUUUCAUCACACGCGCUUUUAUUGCAGCAAGUUAUUUCAGGGAGCAUUAUUUUAAUUGCUGCCAUUGGAGCCUUACCAAAAAUAAAUCCUGGGCUGCCUUGUCUAUUUUCAAGAAGAAACGUGUUUUUUAUUAUAUGUACCUCCUUUCUGAGAAGAUAACACACACAAAAAAUGAAAAAUAAAUGAUGAGAGUAACGGUUUGCAACUCGUCAGCGAUUCGAAUGCACUAUAUGAAGUUAUUACCACAACCUCGAAUUUAUUUUAAAUUAUCAGGAGUUAGUUUCCGGAGAGAUGUCGAAAACAUGAAGCUCAAUUAUAUCAAACCUUAAAACUGUGUUAUCUAAUUGUGUAUAUGUUAAGGGGGAGGGGGUGUACAUGUAUUAUUCGUUUAAUCUAGGGAGAGUAAUUAAGACCCUACAGUAUUACCAUAACGCGCUUUACCUCAUAAUUAAUUUUGCACAAAACAUGUAUAAUUUUUAUUGUAAACAUGAUCUGAUUUUAAAUACGAAGAAAUGUAAGUUUAAAUAUUUAUCUUGUUCAUGUUUUUAUAACAUUCAUUUGCGACGUUAGUUAAGGACGCUGGUAUAUUCAAUAUUGUAACAUAUUGUAAACAAAAUAUUUUAAUUAAGUUUUGUUAUGAAAAGUAUGAUCAUUAUGGCAUUGUGUUUUUGUGAAUAUUAUUUUUCGGUAUUGUAUAUUAUUUAACAUCUUAAAACAAAUAAUCCAAAUGCAAAUGAUUUGAUAUCAUUUCUUCAGAAAAUUUAGUAUCCGUUGUUUUUUAACAUUCAUGCAAAAGUAAAGAACAAUUACUCUAUAGAAACAAUCGUUUGUCAGAAGUAUUGUUCCCAUCUUUUUACUACAUGUAUCAAGAGUGUAAUAUUUCCUCUGAAAUAUAAGAAUAAAUAGACAAUAAACGUAUAUUUAGGAAUCGAAAAUCGAUAAUCAAUUCCAUGUUAAUCUAGUUGUAUUUAUGGCAUGUUUAGUAAAAAAGGGAAAUGAGGUGACUAAUGAUAAAUGCAUGAGUUUUAUAUCGUUUAUUAAAACACAGAGAUCAAGUG